UUUUUUAUAGCUUUGGAAUAGUAAUUUCCACAUCCAUGGUAGGCACAUAAUAAACAUUUAUUCAAUUGAAUGGGGAUCCCAUGACCCUGCCUUCUCCGGGCUACAGAAGGAGCUACAAUACCACUUACCGCCACAAGGCUAAGAGGAUAGAAAGUUAGUUAAGGUUUGAGGUCCAGGUCCCGCUGUACUCAGUUAUCCAGCUGCCUGGUGAUCUCAGCAGAGCAAACUUCACAAAGAGGGGCCAGUGACCUGUUUGUUUGGUCUCACUACCCAAUAUAUGCUGGAUUCCAUUGGCUCUGCCUCAGGUUUGGGCAGUGACCUCUUCCUGUUGGCCACAGAGAUUUCUAUCAGGACAAGGAGAGCGAAAAUCCUCAUUUCCUGUGGAUUGAAAAUCCAAAAUCUAUGUUGGGUGACCUGUCAACCCCAGGAGCAACAUGGAAAAGAAAUAUCAAGAAUUCAUUUGCUGUGAAAGCAUUUCAGUGGAGCCAAAACUAUGCAAAUCAUUUGUCCAUAACCCAGAACAGAAAUUAUCCUUUUCUUGCUUUCUCACAAAUCCACAAUGUGGCUGCCUAAUGCAUGCAGAUGGCCAUGGUGAAAUAUGGACAGACUGGAAUGAUAUGUCCAAGUUUUUCCAGUAUGGAUGGAGAUGUACAACCAAUGAAAAUGAUUACUCUAACCGUACCUUAAUGGGCAACUGGAACCAGGAGAGAUAUGACCUUCAAAAGAUUGUACAACCACAACCUAUGCCCUCCCAGUAUGGUCACUAUUUUGAAACAACAUAUGGUACCAGCUACAAAAAGAAGCUGCCUCCUCCUCAAAGGUUUAAACAAGAACCUCACUGUUUUCCUGGACAUCAGCCUGAGCUGAUUCCUCCUCAAUACAGACCUAGCACCAUAGGAAAGACAGAUUACAUGUUGAAUUUUUCAGCACCUCCACCGAGCGAAGGCUUUGUAUGUUUAUGUGUUCCUAAAGAUGGUCAGUCCUAAAACCCUGGCACAGGAAACAAGACAAACUCCUUUUUUCUAGAGUAAAAUAUAACUGGGAAUAGUUAUCUAUUCAACACAGUUAAGAAUUUUGCUUUCUAUAACAUAGUAAGUCUUCUCUUAAUGAAAAAUAAAGCCCCUAGGAAUUGGAAA